AUGAGUCUGCAGACGGCGCCAUACAAUGAUUCCAUGCGCAUUGGUUCUGGCUUUAACUCAUAUACCCAGCAGCUGUGCAUCGACAAUGCGGUCAUCAAAGGCGACAAAUCUCCAGCAACGGAGGACGACUUGAAGCCCAAGCUAUACGAUGCAAAUGGCGAUGGUGUCAGCCAGCAAGUCACAUUCACAUCGAAAUUCGUCGAGAAUUCCAGUGAUAUUACAGACGCUAUGAACGUUAGUGGUCACUUGGAGAUCAAGUAUAAUGGAAUCGGAGUCAAUGGCUCUGCUUCGUAUAUCGACUCUUCCAAGGUCAAAGAAAGCGAUAUCAACUACUUUGUGCAGGUUAAAGUCGUCAAUCAACAGCUAAUUCCCGAAGACCUCUCCAGAUUUAACGCGAUCGCCAAUGUGUCCGCCACUGAUCGUAGUCGGUUUACCGAAAUCUAUGGAGAUAGCUUUGUCUCCGGUUUCUUGGAAGGGGGCGAGUUCAAUGCUUUAUUAUCAGUCAAAGUGGCUGAUAAGAGCAAAGUGAAAACGAUCAAAGGCGCUUUAAGUCUGAAUCUGUCCGCAGGGGGUUUUGGCAUCUCCGGCUCAGUCGAGGGAGGAUACGAUCAGCAAGAGGUUUUGAAAAAUUCGGAGACAUCCAUCACCGUCUCAUGGGCUGGUGGUGGUGGCAUCCAAGAUGAGAAAAGCGAAAACAAAGGAUGGUCCAUUGAGAGCAUGGCCAAAGCUGCAUUCUCGUUUGCGGAUCGAGUCCGUGUUUGUCCACAACGAACUCAGGCUAUUCUUACCAAGUAUUCUGCUUUGAGAUCGUACCAAGUUCAAACCAACAAGGGAUCUCCAUUGGAUUAUGAGAACGCCGGAGUCUACACAAACGCCUUGCUGGAAAGUUACAUGGAGUACAAAUCGGUCGCCAAGGACAUCCAGAAGAUGACCCAAGAAGUGUCGGACGGGGUGAGCAAAUUGGUGGAGCAAGCUGGUUCCACGGAAGCAGCAGCAGGAGUCAAACAACUUAAGAUCGACUGGGGGACCCUCAGAAGGGCAGGAAACCCAGAUGACAAAGAGACAUUUGCAGAUAUCCCAGAUGAGGCGUACAAAACGGACCUCUUUGGUCUGGAGAAAGCCCGCCUUCAUUGUCGACUUCAAAUGGUUCUCAUCGUGAAAGAGGUUGACCAAGUUGCGGAAAGUCCGGCGGUUGCCGUUGAUGCCCAUCGCGUGGGGCAGUUCCUGAAUCCACUCAUUUUCCGGAAGCUCUUACCGGCCAUGGAGGCCUCACAGUAA